AUGUCUUUUCAAGGUCUCUGUGAAUACCCCAAAGCGUCGAUGAGCAAGAGCGAAAGGAAGACCGAAGUGUGCUUGUUCAUAGGAAACUAUGACUGGAAUAAAUGCUUUAGAUUCUUCAUAUACGGAGGAUUCAUAGUUGCGCCAUCUCUUUACUGCUGGAUUAGGUUGGCGUCAUUGAUGUGGCCAGCGCAAAGCCUCAGGUCUGCCAUUGCUAAGGCGCUCACCGAACAAGUCAGCUACACACCACUAGCCAUGACAUGUUUUUAUUUUGGCAUGAGUUUAAUGGAGUCUAAAACGAUUGAAGAGUCUUUUCUGGAAGUAAAAACUAAAGUGCCCCCAACAUACAAGGUCGCUCUUUGCAUCUGGCCUCUUCUACAGACAUUUAACUUUUCGGUUGUCCCAGAAAAGAAUCGCGUGCCUUUUGUUAGUAUGUGCAGUUUGCUUUGGACUAUUUUUCUGGCAUACAUGAAGCAAUUGGAAUUGGAGAAACUACAGAACAAGGAAUCCAUUUACCAAUGAUAAAAGUUUUUAUUUCUGUACCGCG